GAAAAAUGUGAACAAGUAAGUGCGCGGCUUUUAUUUUGAAAUUUCUUCCGGAAGUGUUUCAAUCAACAGUCGAACUUCACUGUCAGUUGGUUUAGGUACAAGAAGACCUGAAGAAUCUGAAAGUCCACUAGAGACAGUUUGAAGGGGUUUUCUCAUGGAUUCAGAGGUAUCUCUCAUGCUUCACUGUGCUCCAUUACAGGCUCUUGGAGAACAUCAAACACAUGUAGAAAUUUCAGACAGAUUCAACCGUCAAAGCUUUCCAGAGAUCGAGGAGCAUAUUGAAGCCGCAUGGAGUGAAAGAGUCAUCAAAGACCCUUGGCUCUUCAAUGGGGCUAAAUUCAGAUUGCAUUCAGCAGUGCUCUCCACCAAACCUCACCCGACCAACAGCACUGAACAGUCAACACACAGGCAUCAGUGCACCAGCUUGGCAAAAGGAGACCAGGCUGGCCGCAACCCUGGUGAAGGAGAGCGAUUUGAAAACAGCGAUGGUGGAGAGAUCACUGAUAAACAUAGACCUUCAGACAAAGUUACAAAGGAUGAGCAGUCAUGUAUCCUAAAAUUGCAGUUGGGCGUGACUUGCUAUAAAGACUACAUUGGUACAAAUUGGUCACAAAAUGUGGAAAACCUCCGGAGACGUGGUGAAGCUGAAUUCGCAGAUCCUCAGGCCUUCCUCGCGCAGCCUUUAGGGGUUGGGGCUGUUAUGGCAACCUCAGAUGGAGCGGUUGUCCUGUUGAGGAGAAGUCAGGAGGUGGCAGAAGCAACGGGUCUGUUGGACAUACCAGGUGGUCACCCAGAGCCAAAGAUGGUGUGUCAGGGGAUCAGUGAGGAUUUGAUAAGUGUUGGCCUUCUUCAGGGUAAGGAGAGAGCCAUUGUAUCAGAGAUCUUCUCCUCUGUGUGUGCAGAGAUCACAGAUGAGGUGAAUGUUCCUCUUAAUUCCCUAAGCAAACCAUUGUUAUUAGGAAUAGCACUAAAUCACACUAGUGCAUGUCGACCCAGUGCUGAGUUUUAUGUUCAGUGCUCUUUGACAACAGAGGAAGUGAGAGAUUACUAUAGACAAGGAGGACCUGAGGCCAAUGAAACCACAGAUAUUUUGUUUUUAAGUCGAGCGGAGAUGCUACAGUUAAACGAGAGCUCCCCUCUGUGGUCAGAGAUGUGUCCUUCAGCGAAAGGUGCAGUGCUGUUGUAUCAGAGAGUGAUGCCUGAUCACUAAUUUACUGAUACACAAGAACCUGUUAGUAUAAAGAUGAUUGAUUAUAUCACAUAAUGUAUUCAGUGAUAUAACAAUGACAACAUUUAAAGUUGUGUUGUAUAAAGUAGUGCUUGUUUUUAAUGAAACACUGUAUUUUUUAUACAGGUUAGUGGUAAAGGUUUAUACAUUUUCAUUGUAUUGCCAUAUAAAGGUUUUUGUGAAAUGUAUUUUGCAGAGUUUCUAUUAAAUUUCUCAUUAAAUAAACUGUCAAAAAAAA